AUGUCAGUAUUUAUAAGUUCAAGUAAUGUACCAAUAGGUUAUACAACUCCACAAUUUCCCUCAAUUUUCUGGCCAAUAGGUUCAACAAGACCAUCAUAUUUAAAUUCAUUUUUAUAUUAUUCAUGGGAUAUUUGGAGAUUUACAGUAUAUUGGUCAUUAAUAUUAUCUGGUUCUUUAUAUUUUUGUGUUGGUUCAUUAGCUAUGUUAAGUUCAAUUUUAAAUAAUUAUAGACAUAAAAUACCAAUAAAUAGUUUUAAAAUUAUAACUUUUAUUUUUGUAUUUAUGAGUUAUAUAUUUGUUGGAUUAUUGAAAGGUUUUAUUGGUGGGGCUAUUAUUGGGGUUAUAUUGGCUGCGAUAUAUCAAGCUGGUAGUUUGACGAUGAGUUGUUGGAUUCCUUUGACUUGGUCUAUUGCUCAAAUUUUAUAUGAUAUUGCUUCUUCAUAUCUGAUAAGUUCAAUUAUUUUAUAG